UUGCAGCACAUAGGCGUGUCUGUUUUGCUGAAGGCCAAGAAGGUGUGGCACAGGUAUAAAGAGACUCAACAAUUCAUGUUCCGACCUGACGCAGCUGCUUUCCCUCUACAGCUAAAAGUUGUCCCAGCGUGGCCCUCAUGGCGUACUCCACCAGCACUAUCGCACAGGGCUGUUUUGGGAAGGUGUACAAGGAGAAAUACAACGAUAACUGGGCCGCUAUAAAGAAGGUCCCCCAUAAUCUCAUCAGUAAGAAGGACCUGGAGAGGGAGUGUGAAGUGUACAACAAGGCAAAACAUCCCAACAUAGUGAAGCUUCUGGGCAACAUAAAUCUCCGAGACGGAAAAUGGAUUAUUCCUCUAGAGUUUAUCUUCGGCGAGGAUUUAGAGACCACCAUCUUCAAAACAUCAAAGUCUAAAAUACAGCUGACUCCGUCUAUAAGGGGCACUAUCAUCAUCGGCAUGUGUGAAGGGCUGCUUCACCUCCACUCCAAAGAUGUUGUCCAUCAAGACCUCAAGCCUGAAAACAUCAUGGUGGAACAUAACACAAACAGAGCUGUCAUCAUCGACCUGGGACUGGCCAAGUUCUUCCGAUACGGUCUCAACUCUGCUGUUGACAUGGGGAACGAGGCCUACGCAGCCCCCGAGGUGCUGGAGAGGGGCGUACAGAGGGACCAGCGCUCAGAUGUGUGGGCCAUGGGUAAGAUCAUCGCCGAGCUCUGUGCCCGGAUUCGCCUGUACACGCCCACCGUCUGUCCCGCCAAGAUCAAGGAGACCCUGCUGGAUCAGCCGUACUGCCAUGCCGUGUGUAGGAUGGUGGAGCCUGACCCUACUCUGAGGGCCUCCAUGGGUGGGGUCAUAAGUGAGAUACGAAAGGCCGGAAGUGCAUGCAUCGUCCCCAGUGCACCCGUUCAAAAAGAUCACCUUAAGCCACCUGCACCUCAAAUUAAUGUCAGAAACCUCUCUCCGUCACCUGUGAAUAGAGAUCCAUCGCCAAUGAACAGGGCUCCGUCCCCGUUUAACAGGGACCCAUCACCAAUGAACAGGGCUCCGUCCCCGUUUAACAGGGACCCAUCACCAAUGAACAGGGCUCCGUCACCGUUUAACAGGGACCCAUUGCCAAUAAAAAAGGCUCCAUCGCCGUUUGACAAGGACCCAUUGCCAAUGAACAAGGCUCCAGUGCCGUUUGACAGGGACCAAUCGCCGCUGAAAUGGGAGCAUUCACCCAGACCAGUCUUCAAAGCUUUGAAUCCACAAGCUGCAAUGCACCUCUCUCCUUCCCCUCAGAGGACAGAAGAAAUAAACAAACACCAGGCUCUGGUCCCAGCAGGCAGAACCGAGCUCACGCAAGACUUCAUGAAGAUGAAGUUGUACCAAGAGGCUGCCAAGGAUCUGCCCUGCAACCUGCCCCCAACAGGGAGGGUGGUGAUUCGGCACUUUGAGGAGAAAAAUGGGGAGGUUGGAACAUGGGAGCAGAAGGAGGUGGUGACUCGUGAUGGGAAGAUAGUUGAGUUCAAUGACAUCAAGUUUAAUAAGUAAGAACAAGAGUUUUAGGACUUUAUCUCCUUAAAAAGGAUUGCAUGUGCUGGUUAAAUGGUUAGUUCAGGGUCACCUAACUUUUGGUAUCUUCUUAGAGCAUGUAAAACACAUUUCACUGAGCUAAAGCUUCAACUGAGAUUAAGUUACAGUAGGCACCUGUUUUUACGCACACAUAAAAUGGAUUUGAAACCUGUUACAACUUAGAAAUACAGUUUGCCUAUGGCAGUUUGAAGCGGUAAUAAGAGGACAUCUUGAAUGCUUUGGUUGUGCUGUAACAUGUUUUUUCAGCCAUGUUGAUUGAUAACUCAUUUAAUUGCCAAGAAAGAAAUAUCUCCAGGCACGAACAGCCAUCUGUGAAUGUCUUUCAGCAUCUGAAUGCAUAUGACUGUGAACUGUGAAUGGGUCAUACAUUACAUGCAUAUUUAUAUAAUACAUUCUGAAAUCUCAAUUGCAGAUAGAUUUUGUUUCUUUGGGAUGCUUUAUGCUCAUAUUUAAUACACUGUGUUUCAUUAGAUUAGCUUGAUCUGUUUUAAUCAUCAGAAAAUCUGAGCAAGUAAUGAAAAGAAGCACACACUAGUUGAUGGUUAUAAACAAAAGCGGCAACUAAAAUCAGAAUCAGACAAGAUGGGCAUACAACAAACAAACUGUAAUACAACUUAAUGCUAAUGGGUCUGGUUGUUGCUCCAGAAAAGGCCGUCCCCAUGAUCGUGCAAUGUAUUCCUCUUCUGUCCGCUCCAACCUGUGUAAUUUAGGGGUAAUAUUUGAUCAAUCUUCGUUGUUUGACACAGACGUAAAGCAGCUGAACAGAUCUUGUUUUUUCCACUUAAGAAAUAUAAGUAAACUGAAAUCUGAAGUUUCAACUGCUGAACUUCAGAUGCUUAUACAUGCUUUCAUCUUAUCUCGCAUUGACCACUGUAAUGCAUUUUUCUUCUCACUUAGUAGGCUAUGUCUUUUCUUGAUCGCCUUCAGUAGGCUAAAUCCAGAAUGCUGUUACAAGGCUACUCACUAGAUCAAAUAGACGGUCUCACAUUAGCCCUGUUCUUAAGUCUCUUCACUGGCUCCCUGUUGCAUACAGGGUUCAGUAUAAAAUUCUCACUCUUACGUAUACAGUAGGCCAUUGCACAGUCAGGCGGGUGCAUAUGUGGCUGAACUACUCUCUUGGUCUAAUAUGUUAAGUUAAAUGGCUGUCCCACACUCCCGGGUUAGGGCCCGUGGUGAUUGAUCUUUGAUCUUUCAAUUUGGACUACUCUGCCCCCACCCGAACCCUCUGUUCUUUCUGUGGAUUUUUAAAAAAAUCAGAUAAAGACGUAUGGCUACCUAGUUGGACAGGUGUUUGGUUGCAAUGUCUACACUUUAUGUAAUAUGUUUUUUUUAUUGUGUAUUGUGUUUUUAUUAUGUAUGUUUGUAG